AUGACCGCAGAGACGCCUAAAAAGAUAAAGGUAAGCUCCUUAUGUGAAUUAUGUCACGGUCGCAAGGCGGUAAUGAAAAGGCCAAAGAAUCUCCAGAAGCUUUGCAAAGAAUGCUUCUAUGUGGUCUUCGAGACAGAGAUACAUAAUACUAUAACGGAUGCUAAACUCUUCCAACCGGGAGACAGAGUAGCCAUAGGGGCUUCAGGUGGUAAAGAUUCCACUGUGCUAGCAUCAGUAUUGAAAACGUUAAACGAAAGGUAUAAUUAUGGCUUGGAGUUGGUGCUCUUAUCCAUCGAUGAAGGUAUCAAAGGGUACAGAGAUGACUCAUUGGCCACAGUCAAGAGAAACCAGAAGCAGUAUGAAAUGGAGUUGGAAAUUGUUUCCUAUAAGGACUUAUAUAACUGGUCUAUGGACGAGAUCGUUUCCUGUGCUGGAAUAAGGUCUAGUUGCACGUAUUGUGGAGUCUUAAGAAGACAGGCGUUGGAUAGAGGAGCAGCCAAAUUGAACAUUAACCAUGUGGUCACGGGCCACAACGCCGAUGACAUGGCAGAGACCGUAUUGAUGAACUUGUUGAGAGGAGAUACUGGUAGGUUGGAGAAGUCUACCACCAUUUUGACGCAAUCGUCCGGCUCCCCUAUCAAGAGGUCCAAGCCCUUCAAGUACACAUAUCAAAAGGAAAUAGUGUUGUAUGCUCACUACAAGAAGUUAGACUACUUCUCCACAGAAUGUACCUAUGCUCCUGAGGCAUUUAGAGGGACUACACGUGAGCUAUUAAAGGCAUUAGAGGCUGUGCGUCCUUCAUGUAUCAUGGAUAUAAUAUACAGCGGAGAACAUUUAGCGCUUGCCCCAAAGAAGCCCAAGAAGCAUAACCAACAAUACAAGAACAAGAGCAAGAAGGUGCUAGAGAACCAGGAACAAGAAAUAAACCCAGAUGGCUCGGUGUCUCUUGGAAGGGAGAAAAAGAUAGAGUUUAAAGAUGGAAACAGGUGUGAAAAGUGUGGAUACCUCUCCUCCAAUAAGAUAUGCAAGGCAUGUAUGUUGUUGGCAGGGCUAGAGAUGAACAGGGCCAAGGUUACCAUUGACGGCAACACCUCUGUGGAUGGAGCUGCGAAACUUACCAAGACGUUAGAGCAGCUCAGCUUCUGA